AUGGCAACCGAUAGUGGCGAUGUCGCCACGCUGGCACAGUCGACGGUGGCGGAAAAGCGCCAAGAGGAGGAUAACAACAACAAGAUCGAUCUGGUAGCGGACACGGUAUCGAAGCUUAGCCUGAACGGUACGCUGGGUGAACAUGGUGAAAAUGAAACGGCAUCGGCUGGUGGCUCGCUGGAGGAAAACAAGCUGAACAAUAACAGCAGCAGCAGCACCGGUGCUGAUGGUGAUGAAACAGCAGCGACCGACAGUACGGUCGGUAACAAUAACAGCUCGGAACCGGCUACUCCAACCACCCCAACGGGUGGUGUUGCCGGACCCGGUGGUCCAUUAUCGAUCGGCAAGCGCAUCCGCCGUACGUCGGAAAAGCUGAACGAGGAUGCGGUAAACGGUGCACGCAAGAAAUAUUCCCUCGAUCUGCUGCUUUCGCUAAAGGAUUCGGCAAUUGGGCGUGAGAAACCAACCACGAUACCGGACGUUUGUAAAUCGCUGCUGAAAUCGAGCCCGGGUACGUUCGUUUCCUCGUCCCGUCAUAUUGGUGGUAGGGGAGGUGGUGGUGGCGGUGUUGGAAAUAUCGGUGGUGGACAGGAUAACAGUCUGCUGCCCGCGUUCAUGAGGGGUAUGGGAUUCGGUGGUCCACCGUUUGGCGAGGGAGCAGACGGUGGCAGUGGCCGGCCACCGAUGAAUCGUGCCCCGUACCGUGGCCGACUGUCCGCGAAGGAAAUGUCCACCCGUUCGUCUGCCGGUGGACCGGGCGGUGCGGACGACACCGACGGGCAAAUGAUCAAGGUGAGCCUGAACAUCACCGAGGAGGUAAAGCUGAAAGGUUCUGCCAACGCCUGGAAGCCAUCGUUCAUGAUGCCGAAGGUAAAGUUGGAUCCCGAAACGGAGGCAACCCAGCAGCUGUCGCGUGAGUUCCGCAGCGCACUGAACAAACUGACGCCCGAAAACUUUGGCGUGCUGAAGGAACAGAUCAAGCAGCUAACGAUUGAUACCGAGGAGCGGUUGGGCAACUGUAUCAAAAUUCUGUUCGAGAAGGCCAUCAUGGAGCCGAACUUUUCCGACACAUACGCGCAAUUGUGCAAGGAGCUCGGUACGGAAAUCAUUGUCAAGACAAAAGGAUCGGACACGGUGAUGAAUCUGAAGCGUCAGCUAAUCUCGCAGUGUCAGGUGGAGUUCGAGAAGCACCAUAAGGAGUGCAAAACAAACACGGAUCUGCAGGAACAGAACGAAAAGCGCACGGAACAGGGCGAACAGACGGCGGAACAGACCGAAGAGAUGAAGAUGGAGCUCGAAGAACAGACGAAUCGCAUUCGAAGGCGAGCCCUCGGCACGAUUCGAUUCAUCGGUGCGCUAUACAAACAGGAGCAGCUCGGUACGAACACGAUGGUAAGCUGCGUCAUGCUGCUACUGCAGGACAGCAUGCUGGACGAGGAAUCGCUCGAGUGUGUCUGCAAGCUGCUCACGACAAUCGGGGCGCGCAUCGAGGACUCGCAGGGCCGCACGUUGCAGGAUUGCUUCGACAAGCUGCAGCAGAUAUCGGAACGUAAAAAACUACUGUCGAACGGUGAACCGGUGUGUAACCGUAUCCGGUUCAUGAUCAUGGAUCUGCUCGAUCUGCGUAAGGAUAAAUGGCGAGGGAAGCAUGCGCAGCACGCACCGAAAACGAGAGUCCAGAUCCAGCGCGAAGUGGAAGCGGAAGAGAACAAGAACUGGAUGCUCAGCUAUAAGCUGCCCCGUGGCCGUACCGGUGGUGACCGUGAUGGAGGUGGUGGAGGCGGAAGUGCCUCGAAGAACAAGCGUUUGGUCGAUGAAGAUGGAUUUGUGCUACCUGUCAACAAUCGCAAUAACAAUACCUGGACCAUGCCAUCGAUUGACCCGAAGAAGAUAAACCUUGCGGUUUCCAAACCUCCCGGUGAGACACGUCUCGGAUCAGCCUCUAUGUUCCAGGGUUGGAAUAAAACAACCAAUGUGUUCGCAUCGCUGAACCCGGAAGACGCGGCUGCACAACCACCGAGCUUCUUCGGUGCAUCCGGCCCGAUGGGCGGUGGUGGCAGCAGUGGCGGCAGCGGCAGUGGCAGCGGUGGUGGCCCCAAAUCUAACAACAAGAAAGGUGGUGGCGGUGGCGGUGGAGGUGGAGGAAACAAUUCCAAAAAACAUUACCAGGGCCGCAGCAGUAGCUAUUUCUGA